AACUAUAUUAUUAUGUUAGCUAACACAUUGUUAUUCGAUUCAUUCAGCAUUUUACCAGUGUUUUUACCUGAUCACAGUUGCACUCAUGCCAUGUAGUCAUUUGUGAAAUGUGAAUAUGUUCUUUAGAAUCAUUCAAAGGAGUCGAAAGAAAGAUUUGUUCAUCAGGUUCAAACACAUAAACAAAGGCUGUAGGUGGAGGAUGUACUUUCGGGGAAGUGGGCGGAGUUUAGCGUGUGACUGCAGGUGUUGAGAAGCUUUCAAACAGACGCUUCUAUACAAGAAGUAAUGUCCCGAGCGGUUUUGUACACUAUUGUUAGACCUUGACCGGAGUUAAAUCCUCAAGCGACUAAAUCGGUCUACAGAUUUGUGUGCUGGCUGGGGAUAUGAAAUGGCUCCAGCUCUUCUAUAUUAAAUGCAAGGAUGAUGAUUUCCCUGCAUAGUUUACCAAAUAGGUAUACUUCUCCAUUUGCCCACUACGGUCAACAAUCCCUCAACUUUCCAGAAGAGAACGACGAGACUAUGGAUAAAAUCAAUACUAAGGAUUCUGUCUGUGACUCAGACUUCACAGAUUCUCAACUUUCUCUUGCCGGAUGUUGCAUGUCUGGCAGUGAAUCUUCUCUCAGCACUCAGGCUGACUUCGUAAAUAUCUGCAGUGACAGAAAGACCAACUACAGACCCACACAGACCAACUACAGCCCUUACCAGCCUCCAUUAGGUCUACCCUCUGGGUACAAUCCCCAGACGCCUUUUCCCAGCCAGACAGAAGCAUGUCUGAGCACCUUCGAGCCGCACAAAGGAGAGCUGCACUCGGUGAGCAGCAGUUUGGUCGAAUACCCUAGUGGAAACCCCCCCUCUUGUUUGGUGUCUGGAAAUUACCCCAAUUAUCCUGGCGAUUCUUGCUACUCCUGCUCUCCAGACAGGCACAGUGUUGGAGAGGGGAGUCUCGAACAGCCGCGCUCAUUGCACUCUAUUCCUACUGCGUUCACGCCUCACAGUUACUGCCUGCCUCAGCACCUCCACGGACCGCCCUGUCUCAGUCAUUACCCUGCAGAUAUGUGUCAGAUGGAUCAAGGCUCUCAUUACAGGCCGCAUUACCACAUGCAUCAUUGGGCUUCUCGCCCUGAAAACAGCAGACAGUCAGCUUCAGAGUUCACUCAUAGUGGCUACACCUCUUCUCACCAUGGCGCUAAACUAACCCCAAGUACAGCUCCUCUUUCCCUGGAGCAGAGGAAGGUGUUUGUUACUUACGAAGCAGACAGCGAAAAACAUGUCAAAGAGAUCAUCAACUUUGUCGCCCUGCUGAGACACAAUGGCUUCUACACUCACAUUGACAUGUUUGAGCAGCAGUUCAAGAGCAUAAGCAAGAUUGACUUCAUGGAGAGAUACAUCAGCGAAAAAGACUAUCUGAUUAUCAUAGUCAUUAGCCCAAAGUACCACGAGAUUGUGACCAAUGCUUCCUUUUGCAUGGAAAACGAUGAAACGCUCAACACUGUCUACAUACACAAACAGUUACAAAACGAAUUCAUUCAGAAUGGAGCCAGGAAUUACAGAUUCAUCCCCAUCUUGUUUCCCGGUGCCAAAAAGUGCCACGUCCCUUCAUGGCUUCAAGGCACGCAGAUCUUCACCUGGCCCAGGGAUCGUGAUGAUAUUCUCCGUCGACUCAUGCGCGUUGAGAAGUACAACCCUCCACCUAUAGGAGAGCUGCCCACUAUUGUCUCCAUUCCCAUUUAGCUCAUUAUAUUUGCUUUGGAAACCAUGAUGAUAUGUCAGUUAUCAACAGCCUUAUACUUCAUUUUAAAUUAGUUUGCUUCUUUGAACUAUUAGAUCUGGAUUUAACAUGUUAAAAGGCAUAAAGCAACUGACAUACAUUGCUCAGCAUAAAUGAGUACACCCCAUGUUUGUAUAUAUUAGAAAAUAGGCAAUAUACUGUAUUUUGGUUGUAUUUGAACAAAACUGAUUUAAUAAACAUUUAUAUUCAUCAAAAUAAGAGUUUGGUCAAUUAACACCUUUAGAAAUAGAAAGAUAACGCAUUUAAUUUCACAUUUUAAUAAAUUACAAACUACAAAAUUUCAACUUUGUUUAUUUUUUUUUGUCUCUUGAUUUUUUCCUAUUUUAUUAUUAUGUAUUUUUUUACAUUUUAUUUAAUAUUUUUUUCCUAACAUAUACAUUUCUGUGUACUAACAUUUGGACCAUUAUCAUCAGUUUUUUAAGUUAGAUAAGCUCCAGGUUUGGCUUCAGUACUGACUAAUAUAUUGUACACGCACCAAUAUAAUAUUGUAUAGCUUUCUAUAGAAAAUCUUAAAUUAAAAGAGAAAUUUGUGAGGGGUGUACUCGUAUAUGAUAAGCUCUAUAGAAACUCACAGCAUUUAAUGUUUCAUCACAGAAGAUUGAUUAAUAAGUCAAAAUCUGUCCCGAUGUGUAGAACUUCAGAUGCAUAUCAUAGCUGAAUUAUACAUGCAUUUACACUAUGAACUGCCAUCCCCUUACCAUAUUUAAUUGGGCAAAAAAAGUUAGCCAAUGAAUUUAUCAUACAAAUUAUUAUAAAGAGGCCAAUAAGCAUACAAGUGUUAGUUAGACGUAUGUUUAAGACAUUGUUUAGAAUAGUACAAGCUAAAACAGGAAAAGUGAAGACAUAGAGGAUUUGUUGUUGUUGUUGUUGUUGUUUGUAGGAUGCAGUUUAGUGCGCAGCGGAGAGCAGGGAUUUCAGCAUUUAGAAGUUAUUUGGGAAGAUCAUUCCACCACGGAAUAGUGAACAAAGAUGUUCUGGAGAAUGAGGUUGUGUCCCUCUGUGAAUCAGGAAAGCAAGCUACUGUAAAAGGUGAAUCACAUCAUUACAGAUUUUAGUUUGAAGCCGAAAGAAUAUUUGGAAUCCUUGUAAAAUAGAAAGAAAUGUACAAGUGGUGUAAUUUAACAGAUUUAGUUUUUACUUCCGUAACUAGGCUGGUGCACGCUAUUGUAAUCACUGGAUUGUGUUUCAGAAUUGCAACACACAAUGGUAAAUGUAAGGGCACCUUCAGACAUAAUUAAAAUUCCUAUAACAUAAUCAUCAUAUGUACUUAAUAAAGAUUUUAUUCCAGGCUUUC